UAGGACCAUGAUGGUGGCCAGCAUGACUGGGUAGUAUGUCAUGCCAAUGAGAUAGUGAAGAAUACUCAUGGUGCUUGCGCUGGGCCGAGCCAGCCAGCCAUCCUCGUAAAGGCGACGGCCGAGCUGCAGCCCAAGGGCAAGGAAGGACCAGGAAAGAGGCGCCGCAUGCAGUACAAGGAUUGCAACCCAGCACACUAGGCCUAGAGCGUAGAAGUGCCAAAACCAGUGUUUGGGAACGGCGAGCGUGCCAGGCCGAGGCCGCGUUUUGCCCCAAGUGGAGAUGUUCCGCAGCGCAUCAUUGGCCACGGGCGGUAUGAUCUGUGACAGCAGCCGCCCGAGAUACACGGCCCCCAUGCUCAAACUCAACCCCACCCAAUACAACGCCACGAUCUGCUCCAAGCUCACCCGCCCCGGAUCAACCACCAGCUGCCCCGCCGUCUCCGGCAGCAGCACCAGCCAUCGCACCAGCUCCGCCGCCAUGGUUUCGUCUGACAAAGGUCUUGUGGACCAACGCGCGCAGGGCUUGCAAUUUGUGGUAGAAUCGAGCCGGUUUGAUGAAAAGUCGCUGGACAAGGCCAGCUACCCUACCGUUCAAGCCUUUGUGGAAGACAACGCCAUGCACAAGGCUCGGGAAGUGGCCUCUCGGCUGGGCCGGCAGGCCGAUAUCAUCAUCGCGGCUGACACGGUGAUCCACCUCCCCUCGGGUCAAAUCAUGGAAAAGCCCGUGGAUGCGGCGGAUGCAACCGCCAUGAUGCGCUCGCACUCUGGAGCAAGCCAUCAAGUCACAUCGGGAGUGGCGUUGGGCGUGCGCGGCCCUGAUGAUCACUACGAGUUUUCCACCUUUCACGAGACAGCCACCGUGACAUUUGCCAAGCUCUCCGAGGAUGAGAUUGCCGCCUACGUGGCCACUGGUGACGGAAUGGAUAAGGCUGGAGGGUAUGGCAUUCAGUCAACCGCCGCCGUGUUGAUUGAGAGCAUCCAGGGCGACUACUACACAAUCGUGGGACUUCCUGUGCAUCAAUUAUCUCAUCGCUUGGCGAACGUGGUCUCAACACGGAGUGACGUGUGAAAGGAACAAUAGAACAUCAUCAUCAUCAUCAAGGACAUCAAAACGGGGGCGUGGAACAAACAACCGCGCACAAAAACUCAAGGAUUGGCGACUCAGGGUGGAGUAAAAGAAAUCAACAUGACACAACAGAACACUUUGGAGUGGCAUGUCGGUCGAAUGGCGGAGCAACAUUGAGCCCUCUGCCUUGAUGUAGCAAGGGCGCACCCACCCUCACAUGAAAAAGAUGAGGCAACGCGCCUGUUAAAAAUAAAGGGAGAAAGAAAUAAGAAACUAAAAACAAUAGGCAACGCUCUGGCUCAUGAGCAGCACAAAGCCGGCGUGCAAAACCAAGUAGCAAUAUUAAAGGAAAGGAAAGGAAAGGAAAAGAAAGGAAAGGCGAAAGAAGCAUCGAGAGCAUCACACAACUAUGUAAAUGGAGGGGAGGGUGUGGCAUCUCAGAACUAUGGCACAAAACGGCUCAACGAACAGCAAAUGACGACAAACACAUGUCCAGAGAUCACGU